AUAACCGACCAAUCAGAAUUCAUAUAAUCUCCUGUCUUGCCAGUUUAGAAUAAUAUUAUUAAAACGAGCCUGCGAGUCUGCUCUCCGGGAGUAGUUUAUGUAGAAACGGUACAGAAAAGGUGGAGACGGACGGAGGAAGGCGCUGCACAUUUGUUCCUUUCUCCCAACUUCAUGAGGAAUUGUCGCCCGGGGUUCUACAUGGCUCAGUGGGCAAUAAACUGGAUAUUCCCUAACUUCUGAUCAUCUGCAAGUCGUAGACUGCUCUGCUGGGAGUUUUUUUUUUUUUUUUUUUUACACUUGUGGACUUAAUGCAUGUCGGUUUAAUGAGAGACUGAGAGAAGAGACGAGGAAGUGAGGCACAAUCUAAUCUGCACUGGUUUGCGUUGUCGCCAUGUCCAUGCUCCCGACGUUUGGUUUCACGCAGGAGCAAGUUGCGUGUGUCUGCGAAGUUCUCCAGCAAGGGGGGAACAUCGAACGGCUUGGACGCUUCCUCUGGUCCCUGCCGGCGUGCGAACACCUCCACAAGAACGAGAGCGUCCUGAAGGCGAAAGCCGUGGUCGCCUUCCACCGGGGCAACUUCCGAGAGCUCUACAAGAUCCUGGAGAGCCACCAGUUCUCGCCGCACAACCACCCGAAGCUGCAGCAACUGUGGCUCAAGGCGCACUACAUCGAGGCGGAGAAGCUGCGGGGCCGUCCGCUGGGCGCAGUCGGGAAGUACCGAGUCCGGAGAAAGUUCCCGCUGCCCCGGUCCAUAUGGGACGGAGAGGAGACCAGCUACUGCUUCAAGGAGAAGAGCAGGAGCGUCCUCCGGGAGUGGUACACCCACAACCCCUACCCGUCCCCGAGGGAGAAGAGGGAGCUGGCGGAGGCCACGGGACUCACCACCACACAGGUCAGCAACUGGUUCAAGAACCGGCGGCAGAGAGACCGAGCGGCGGAGGCAAAGGAGAGGGAAAACAGUGAGAACUCCAACAGCAAUAGUCACAACCCACUAACUUCUUCCAUGAACGGAAAUAAAACUCUUUUAGGGAGCUCGGACGACGACAAAACACCGUCAGGGACACCGGAUCACACGUCUCCGAGCCCGGCCUUGCUCCUGGGCUCGAACACCAGCUUACCGUCCCUGCACGGUCUUGCGCCCCCGCCGGGACCUAGCGCGAUCCCGGUGCCCGGUGGCGCAGACUCGGUGCAUCAUCACCUCUCGGUGCACCAUGACACUAUACUGAACUCUAUGUCUUCUAACCUUGUGGACCUUGGCUCCUAAAAAAGGACACAGAAAGGGGACAAAAAACGUCUUUUUUUUUUUCCCUUGGGAAUUUACAUGGUGGUAAGCGCGAAGCUUCAAGCACUUGCGGUAAGAAAGACUGGAAAUCUGCGAGAACAGCCAUCGUAACAAACCUUUUAGUGUUUAUGCAAUUGAAAUUUUAAACAAUACGUUUCUCUGCCACCUCUUCUUAUUUCACGUUUAAACGUCCUAUUGUCUGAGGGAUUUUCCAAGCUUUUAGGUAAACAAGCACUUAACUUACAGCAGCAGACAUCAGGUUCUCACACCACUUUGGCUUCAGUGCGCUUGAGGAAAGAACUUGUAGAUUUGGGAGAAAAGAAAAGGAAAGCGAGAUGUAUUUCUGAAUGUAAUUACAUACUAUCUUAUAUUGUUGAAAACAAUAAGAAUAAAGUGUCUUAAUUCGUGUACCGUUGUUAUUGUAGGAGACUCGGUUUCCCCUCCCUGUAUAUGUUUACAUUGGGGUUUUCCAAGAGAGCCAUAUGCAGUCUUUCUGUUUGUUUGUUUGUUUUCGCUUUACUUUGUUAAUUUGGUCUUUUUGUUUUUGGGAAGGAGGUAGGAGUGAUAUUUUUCUAAGUGUCUAAUAAGAGCCGCGAUGACAUGAAGUAUCUUAACCUCCUGACAUUAUUAUAUCAUGACAAAGACGAUGACGACGAUGAUGAUGAUGAUGAUGAGUAGUAUUUACAUUUUUAUUUGGAAAGAGACUGCAUGCAAGCUCUGCGCUAAUUGAGGGAUAAUGAAGCGAUUCAUAUAGUUUCAUAUAAACUUUCAAAUAAAAGAAAAAGGACA